AUGUCCGACUACAGGUAUGGCACGCAGUCAGAUGCGUACGCCGCUGAGCACGACCACUCUGUCCUCCGCAACGGCGCGUCUGACAAGGAGACCAAGUUGGGCAACACCUACUCUGGAUCUGGAGACGAUGUCGUUCCCGCCGAUGCCGACAACCUCCUAGCUGCCAUGGGCUACAAGGCCGAGUUGGUUCGGUCACGAUCUACUCUCCAGGUCGCCUUCAUGUCCUUUGUCUUGGCCUCGGUUCCCUAUGGUUUGGCAACAACCCUCUACUACCCAGUAGUCGGUGGAGGUCCCACCAACAUCAUCUGGGGAUGGCUCGCCGUAUCUCUUAUCAUUCUCGCUGUCGCCGCAUCUCUCGGUGAGAUCACCAGUGUCUACCCGACCUCUGGUGGUGUCUACUACCAGACCUUCAUGAUCACGCCGCCCGCCUAUCGGAAAAUCGCCUCGUGGAUCUGUGGUUGGUGUUUUGUAGUUGGCAACAUUACCAUUACUCUCUCAGUCAACUUUGCUACCGCGCUCUUCCUUGUGGCAUGCGUCAAUGUCUACGAAAGCGAACCUGGUGUUGGUAUCAUGGAAGGAUCAGCUUAUCAGGUCUUCCUCAUCUUCCUUGGCAUCACACUCAUUUGCAAUGCUGUGUCUGCCUUUGGAAACAAAUACCUACCAUGGUUGGAUACCUUUGCCAUUUUCUGGACCUUUGCUGGUGUGAUUGCCAUUAUCGUAUGCGUCCUUGCCAUUGCGAAGAAUGGACGCCACAGCGCUGAAUACGUCUUCACUGAAUUCGAUCCCUCCAACUCCGGAUGGGUCCCAGGAUGGUCUUUCAUGGUCGGACUAUUACACGCAGCCUACGCGACUUCAUCGACUGGAAUGAUCAUCUCUAUGUGCGAAGAGGUUCGUGAGCCUGCCACCCAGGUCCCCAAGGCCAUGGUCGCUACCGUCGCCUUGAACACCAUUGCUGGCCUGGUCUUCCUCAUCCCUCUCGUCUUCGUACUUCCCGACCAAGCCAUGCUUGCAGGACUACUUUCCGGCCAGCCGACACCUGUUAUCAUCAGGGAUGCGGUAGGCUCCCCCGGUGGUGCCAUUGGUCUGCUCAUUCCUCUGCUGGUCCUCGGUUUCCUCUGUGGUAUCGGGUGCACCACCGCUGCCUCCCGGGCUACCUGGGCCUUCUCUCGUGACGGUGCUAUUCCCGGCUACAAGCUGUGGAGGACUGUCAACACGAACCUCGAUGUUCCGCUCAACGCCAUGAUGCUGAGUAUGGUUGUUCAAAUCGCUCUCGGUCUCAUCUACUUCGGUGCUGCCGCUGCUUUCAACGCUUUCUCCGGUGUCGGUGUCAUUUGCCUGACCCUGAGUUACGCUGCCCCCAUCUUCGUUUCGCUCAUGACUGGUCGUAAGCAAGUCAAGGACGGCGCGUUCCACCUUGGCAUGCUCGGUACCUUCUGCAACGUUGUUGCACUUGCCUGGUCGGCUCUCGCCACUCCUCUCUUCUGCAUGCCUACUUUCCGCGACGUCACACCAGCAUCGAUGAACUACGCCUCUGUCGUUCUCGCCGCCGUCGUUGUUGUCUCAACUAUCUGGUACUUUGUCUGGGGAAAGAAGAACUACGAGGGACCUCCCACUCAUGAGGACGCGGUUCUCGAGGCGAGAAGAGCCAGCAUGGCGUCUCGUUAA